AUGGAGGCAUUGCUUAAAUUUACGAAGGAUACUUCCAAUACUACCAUAACUUGGUUUCUCUCGGCCGCUCGCAGAUUUAUUUUGAAAAAGAUUGUAAACAUUGCUGACAAGGCGCCACUCCAGCGGUACAGCUCCGGCCUGAUUUUCGCACCACAAAAGGCGUUGAAUUGGGGGCAUUUUGUGAGAGAGCUGCCUGAUUGGUUAUCAAAAGGCCCAAAAGUGGAAGAGAAAUGGAGUCCAGAAUUGCAAACCUUGGAGGCCCACUCUCAUUGGGUUUGGUCUGUCACCUUCUCACAGGAUGGCCAGCUACUAGCAUCUGGCUCUGAAGAUAAAACUAUCAAGGUCUGGGAUCCUACCACUGGCGCCCUCAAGCAUACUCUAGACGGUCAUUCUGACUCAGUUUGGUCAGUCGCCUUCUCACAAAAGGGCCAGCUUCUAGCAUCUGGCUCUGAUGACAAAACUAUCAAACUCUGGGAUGCUAUCACUAGCGCCCUUAAGCAUACUCUAGAGGGCCAUUCUGACUCAGUUUGGUCAGUCGCCUUCUCACAAAAGGGCAAGCUUCUAGCAUCUGGCUCAUGUGACAAAACUAUCAAGCUCUGGGAUUAUACCACUGGCGCCCUCAAGCAUACUCUGGACGGACAUUCUGAUUCAGUUCUGUCAGUCGCCUUCUCGCAAGAUGGCCAGCUUCUAGCGUCUGGCUCUGAUGACAAAACUAUCAAGCUCUGGGAUCCUACCACUGGCGCUCUCAAGCAUACUCUAGAGGGCCAUUCUGAUUCAAUUCUGUCAGUCGCCUUCUCACAAGAUGGCCAACUUCUAGCAUCCGGUUCUGAUGACGAAACCACAAUCUCUGGGAUCCCACCACUGGCGCCUUCACUCUGA